AUGCAUCAAGUGCAUCUCAUGAGCCAUGAAAAUGUUAUAGAUACGUUCAAGAUGCGCAAAAGCGUUUUUCAGCAACCACUUUCCGUAGCAGAGCUGGUUAUCUCGAUGGCUGAAAGUGCCAUUAACAGGCAACGCAUAAAUGUCUCUACUCUGAAGGGAAGACCAGCAGUGGCUGAAAGUGCCAUUAACAGGCAACGCAUAAAUGUCUCUACUCUGAAGGGAAGACCAGCAGAUAUAGUAUAUCAACUGGCAAUACGAUUUCAUUGUCGCUUUAAUGGCGGUCUCUUCGGUGGCGGUUUUAAUGGUGGCGGAAUCCAUGGUGGUGGAAUUCAUGGUGGCGGUAUCCAUGGUGGAAUCCACGGUGGUAGUGGUAUCAUCGGCAGUGGAAUCUCCAAUGGCCCAAGCCAGUGCAGAUAUUGGUGCAAGACUCCAGAGGGUCAAGCCUACUGCUGCGAGACGGUGCAUGAACCAGAGACACCUGUUGGUACCAAGCCACUCACUUGCCCUCAAGUCCGUCCAACAUGCCCACGUUUCCAUGGGCCCCCCACUACCUGUUCCAACGAUUACAAGUGUGCUGGCCUCGAUAAGUGUUGCUUCGACAGGUGUUUGGGAGAACACGUAUGCAAACCUCCCUCCUUUUUCAAUAACCAUUUCCCCUUUUAAAGAUGGUUAUUGCUAAUAAAUAGCCAUCGGUUUUCCGGUUGAUAACGGAAAAUAGGAAAUCUGUGAUGUGUAGAUAUUUAUUUUUGAAUAAUAAAUCUUUAUAUAUGAAUA